CGCACAAGUCGUUGUCAAUCCAACGAACACUUUUCAUGAUUGCUCUUACCUCCACCUCUGCUCGCAUCACCGUUGCGCGCCCGGUCGCGGCGAAGAAGACUGCGAACGCCUCCGCCGUGCGAUGCGGUGCCUUCUCCUCCGAUGAUGUUUCGGUCUCGCUCCCCACCUCCCAGCGCCGCGCGGUGCUCCUCGCGGGCCUCGCGUCCACCACCGCGCUCUUCUUCGAUGCGCAGCGUGCCAAUGCCGCGCGCCCGACUCCCGUGUGCGACCCCACCGCCGACGGCGCCGAGUGCAGGGCGAACCUCCUCCAAGGCGACGAGUCCAACCUCGACGGCUACGAGGCCAAAUCGGCGAGGAAGAUCGAACUCGCCAAGACCUCGACCAACCCGGACCUCACCAACUAUCAGAAGGAGACUCUCGCUCUCGUGGGCGAGAUGGAGGAGGUGCUGGGCCUGGAUAUCUACGACAUGACCCGGGAGAAGCGGAUCAGCCAGCUGAAAAAGGACAGCAACGUGUGGGCAGGGAAGUACGCUCCGGGCGGGUCGGCAAAGACCGCCUCCGGCAGGGCAUUUUACAACGCCGUCAACCAGGUCAGCGGGCACUUUAACGCGAACGGGAUCGCACCUCUGCCCGCGUCCCGAUUGGAGGUGGUGACCGCGAACAUGGUCAAGACCCGCGAGCUCAUCGAUCAGGGUCGAUAAGGAGUAGUGCAAACUGUGUGUAAUGUUACUGCCUCGACGGGCAUUUAUUUAAUUAAUCAUCAAACUUUC